ACUCAAAUCAUACAGUUCCAAAUUGUGUUUUAAAGAACCAUUUCAGUUUGCCAGACGAUCAUUUUUAAUCUGAACUGAACCACCCCUUUUGCUUUCUUAGCCAAAUCACCAAAAUGUCCAGUUAGAACAAGAAUUUAGCAUCCUGCAAAAGAAGUUAACAGAGGAGUUUCCAUAGUAAGAGUGGUCAUCUUUACCUUCACUGAAUUUAAAAAGAAACCAAAGGAGAUUAGAGAGGAAACGUUCUGAAAUGGAUCCCAAGUAUUUCAUCUUAAUUUUGUUUUGCGGACACAUGAACAAUACAGUUUUCGCAGAAAAAGAAGCAAUGACAACAGAGAAGCAGCCACAACCUACUUUAUUUACAUCACCAAGGCCACAGGUCUCAGCUAAUUCUCAAAACACAACAGGGAAUCCUUUGGGCCAAUCAACACAAUUCAACAACAUGUCCUCUAGACAAUCAAUGCCAACUGCCAAAGUUAUUGCUGGAAAAUUAACACUAGCUGCCAAUGCCACUUCUGAAAAACCAGCAGCCCACACUCCUGCUGGACAACCACUUGCCUCUAACACCACCAGACAACCAACACCAACGGCCAACUCCUCCUCCCAACAAACAGCACUACCUGUGUUCACCUCUGCCAGACAACUACAAACAUCUGCUCCUGCUUCCUCCAGACAAUCGCCACCAUCUGUCUAUACUUCUUCUCAACAACUAUCAUCUGUCCACACCUCUUCUAAAACACCAGUACCACCAACUGUUCCAAAUCUAUCCACACAACCAACAUCAAUUAGGAGUACACCAGGAUUCUACCUAGAAAGUCCCAGUACAACUCCACAUGAAACUCCCAGUACAAUCAGUUCUGAAUCACUAGCUGCCAUAAUAGCUGGUACAAUUCUGUUAUUUUUGUUGGUAGCUAUAAUCAUUAUUGUACCAUGCAAAUGCUUGAGAAAACCAGUUUUAAAUGAUGAAAACUGGGCGGGUAGGUCUCCGUUUGCUGAUGGGGAAACCCCUGACAUAUGCCUGGAUAACUUUAGAGAAAAUGAAGCACCCACAAAACGAACAUCAAUUAUUUCACUUAUGACCUGGAAACCAAGCAAAAACACACUUUUAGCAGAUGACUUAGAAGUUAAGUUGUUUGAAUCAACUGAACACACUGAAGAGUUCAACAGCCUCAAAAGAGAAAAAAUAAAAGAUCAAGUAAACGGUACAUCGGAGGAGAGUGCUGGUGGAUCAACGAUCGGCACUGCUGUUUCUUCCUCAGAUGACACAGACUUGGUUCCACCACCUCCUCUCCUUGAUUUGGAAGGACAGGAGAGUUACCAAUCUGACAAACCCACAGUGACAAUUGUAUCUCCUCUUCCAAAUGAUUCCAUCAAUCUCCCACCACCUCUGGAUGGUCUCGAUCAAGUCUGUGAAGAUCAUAAUUCUGAGUUCAAACAGCCAUUUCUGCCUCCCCCUGACUCACUUAACUUGCCUGGGCCACCAGGAGAUUGUAUGAAAACCCCAGAAAAUUCCAACAGUGAGGUCCAAUGUCAGGAGUUCUCUAUUCUUCCUAGCUCCGAUCAAGAUCUCAAUGAAGCCUUGCCACCCCCACCCACAGAAAUGCUAUAAAUAUUACAAGUUGCUUUUUAGCUCAUUUUCCAUCCUUCUGAAAGAACCUUAUCUUUUGUUUUUCUUCAUGUGAUGAAAUAUAUUAAAUGGCAACUGGUAGCCAAUUUUGAUUUUUUAUUCAGGAACCAUCUGAAAUGUGCUCAAAGCCCAUGUGCAUAGGCGGAACUUCGUUUUUAAGAAAAUAUGUAACAAUGAUCUACUUACUGGCUAUAGCACCAAACUUUAAUGUAUAGCACUUUUUACAUGAUGGUAUACGUCAAUAACUUAACUAUUUUGGAAACAAACUAUGUGUACUUAAUAUUACCCAAUAGAUUUUUUUCCCUGAAAAGCUGUGUAUCAAGUUACCUUGAAUAAAUAAAAUUUUAUUUUUCCAUUUCAAA